AUGGAGGUUCCGGUGAUUAAUAGAAUAAGCGACUUCGAAGGCGGUGGGAUAAACCCAUCUGUAGUCGCUCGAGCUUUUGCUGCUUCCGGGAUCGAGAGAAUUUAUCAGGCCUACAGUGUUUGGAAAUGGGGCGCCCUAAUGGUCGCCUUGUUAGUCGCCUCCAUCACCACAAUCGUCAGCCGAAUCAGAAUCCUCCUGAUUCGGUUCCGGCAGAGUCGCCCAAUUUCUACGGCGGCGGCUCUGCUUAUCCAGGAAGAGUCCGAUUACGACACGGAAUCUGAAUCUGGGUCCGAAUCAGAGUUCUCAGACGAAGAAGAAGAAGAAACUGAUGAGGAUUUUGAAGAGGAAGAGGUACAUUCUGACGGCGAUGAAGAUUUUAGUGUGCGGGGUUCGUCAAAGUUCGCGCGGCGGCUCCGGCGGCGGAGCAGCAGCAUUGGGGAUUUUUUCUCGUGGCCGGAAUUCGCUAACGGGACGACGAGCAGCGUGGUCAAGCUCUGGGACAACUUGGGGCUGGGACUGGACGGGGAGCCGAACCUGCGGUCCAUUUUCGGGGCAGGGAGCGAGAUGCUCUUCCCCGGGGCGGCGGUUUCGGCGUCGGCGAUGUCGCCGGCGGUGAUAGUGUCGGCGGAGACGAACAUGGCGGGGAACCUGCUGAGGGUGUGGGACAGUCGGGUCGGGUGCCGGAUCCCGCAGAUACUGGCGGAGUGGCGGCCGAUGCUCGGGAAUAUCGUCGGCGUCAACGCCGCCGGGUUUUUGGAGAAGGUGUACGUCAAUGAAUUGACGGUGGCAGAUAUGAGAAAAAAGGCCCCGGUAGUAGGUAGCGUGACGGAAUCUGAGGCCGCAGCGGAUCCCUGGUGUGACGCUGACGCCGUUAUUGUUGGAAACGACUCGUCCUCGUCGUCGUCGUCAAAGUUUGACUCGUUGAGGCGACGCGGUUAG